AUGUCCUUGAGCCAUUUUUUUUUGAGCCACUGUACAUUGUGCAUUGCACCUGUUCAUGCACACAUAUUAUUCUCCAACUUGACACCACCUUCAACUUCACUUUUUGGCAGUGCUUUCCUGACAGCGCAACUGCCACAUUCCCUCAACUGGGUAGAGCUCAUCGUGACCUCAUACCCCUUCAAUCCCACCCUUGUUCCCUUCCCGAAGCAGUAUUAUAACCACAUGUACCAGACACCUGGCUGGUUUGCAGAAAAUGUGUUCUACUACGAUUCUUUCGAGGUUCAUAUGCUCUGCAUUUGCAUCACAUCAUACUGGGAAGCUAACUGUGAUACAACUGAAAGUGUGAUGGCACUUCCUACUUCAAGGGUGAACAUGCCGUCAUGUCAACCAACACCAGUGAUGGAUGCCUUCCCCAACUCCCUCGAGCUAAUCAUCCCAUCUGGUGCCUCUGGUCAAUUCACUACCUUCCCUCCAGGCAUAAAUGUCAACUCCUCUUUCUACUACAAAUUCCCCAGUGCAUCCAACUUUUCUGGAAAGCUCACUGUCAUGCUUCAGUCUUCUACUGGUGCAGUCUAUGCAAGCGCUUCUGUCCCUGUCUCUGGCUCCACCACAACCUGGACACAGGUCGUGGUGCCUCUUACACCUGCCUCAAGUUCUGCAUCAACUGCUAACAACUUCACAGUCACGGUCAAUGGUCCCAGCACUAUCGGAGAGACAAUCAACUUCACAAUGUUCUCCCUCUUCCCUCUGAUGUCCAAGGGCAGAGCCAAUGGCCUGCGCAUGGAUGUUGCCCUCUGUGGAAAAGGCAAUGUCUGGGAUGCAAGGGUAGCAUUUGACGUUGCAUCCAUGUUCAUGAACCAAGAUUCAGACACCAUUCAUUUUCUUCUCUUGAUCAAGGCAAUCUCCCUCUUCAAUGUGGACCAACAUGAUGAGGCAAUGCUGCUCAUCAAAGAGCUAACUGUUGCUUGUCCAAAUUCUGACCUUCUCAUGUGUCAUGUCAUAGAAGCAUAUCUAUGUGUUCAGCUUGGAACUGAGGCCUUGGAUGGUGCAUGUCAUGAUGAAGCUGCUGACCACUUCACUGCUGCCAUCAACUCCAGCACUUUCCCAUCGACAAUCAUCCAUGAACUAUACGAGGACUUGAUUAUGUUCUUUGGCUGGGAUCUCAAAUCCUUCUGGCUCAAUACACACUAG